AUGGAAGAAUAUGUUGAUGCCGCGUUUGUAUUAGAAACAUUGGAUAGUGAAGAGAUAGAAGAUCAUUGCCGUAUUCUCCUCGACUGGUCUCACGUAAUUUUAUCCUCUGCAUCAGACUUGAGUAUUCAUUUAAGGCAUUUGUUUUCGCAACGUCAACACUAUCCUUGUAGUCCUUCGUCUAUACAGCGACGUUCACUUCUGAGUGCUCGUCAUUCCGAUCAACCCCGUUUUUUAGAGCGAUCCAGCUUUCAUUCUGAUUUGCUAUUUACAGUUGAAAGAGGCUUCGACGUGGCUGCUUGGUUGGAUGGUGACCCUAGUUUUUCUUCUAUUGAACACUCUUCAGAAGCAGAACAAGGAAAAUCAUAUGGUAACUGA